AUGCUAAGGCGACUGAUUGCGAGAAGAGGGCUUUGUUUUACCAGGCCCGUGCGCAAGAACUACUUCUUCUACGGCAACACGUUCAACAACAGCAAUGAGGACUCGCAGGCCACUGCUGGGCCCAAUAUUGUCGACAUUAUUAACGAGAUUAACGACGACAAGAACUUCAAGUUUGACCUUCACAAGCCGGAAAAGAACACCGAGUCGGCGGCGCGGUUGGACAAGCAGAUAUCUAUUUUCGACGGAACCGACCUCUCGGAGGCCAAGCCGGUUCCCGAGGAGGACGACCUAAAGGUGGAGACUUUUAUGGACACAAAUAAGGUCUGGAAACAGCUUCAUGCCAGCGGGUUUUCGGAGGAAGAGAGCACCAUUCUUCUGGACCUGAUCCGAGCGGUAUUGAAACAGAAACUCACGUGGUUGAACCAGAAAUUUGUGCCCUUGGUCGACAUCGAGAACGAGGCUUAUUUAUUCGAGGCAGCACAUAGCGAGCUGCUAGUGGAAACACGCAGCUACCGCGAAACGUCGCUCACAGACCUAACGAGCUCGUCGAUUGGUCUCAGGCGAGUAUUCAACAUGUUGCAGGACGAAACAACCUCAAAAUUACAGCUCAACGAUAACUCGAUUAAAAUGAUUCUUACUCAAUUUAAGCACGAGAACAACCUGCAACAGAAACGUCUCAACAUCCGCAACCAGGACCUCAAGAACAAGAUCAUUUCAGAGCUCAUUUCGGGACUCCGUUCCGAGGUCGAAACCAUCAGAUGGGCGCUUACUCGGUCCGGUAUUGCAGCUAUCUUAAUUAUGGCUGUUGCCAUCAUGGCCAGCUGGAACUUCACCAAGAACCUCAAACUGGGGCCUGAGGAAGUUUUGGUGGACGGGCCUACAUUACGCCAAAUCGCAGAGCCGGCCGAUGAGGAAAGCCACGAUUACGAAGCAGACUGGGACGAAAGAGUGAAAGUCCAUCCCAGUCGAUACAGCUCGGAUGCUGGCACGGGUUUGGAAAAUAGCACGUGUUCCAAGGAAACACUGAGUCCGAGUCUUUUCGGCAAGGAAACGGCAGCGGCACACUCGGUGGUGAGUCCGAUGUUUGUGAACGGGAACGACAUGCCGACACGGUCAUUCUGGGCGUAUAUGAGAUCGCAAAGCGCCACCAACGACGCUGUGAGUCCAACAACCGGGCCGUUCAGACCAACAGCAAGGAUUUUGGAAUGCGACGUGAAAAGAUGCACAAGAUAUAGGUUUUUGGCACUGACUUCCGACAGUAUCUCAUUGCUGGACUUGUUUUUAAGUUUGGCGACUGUUUUGAUGUUGGCUCCUGCGGAAAACAUUGGUCCCUUGGCGACCAGAAGAGUUACCAGGGUGGACGGGUGA